AUGAAUUUUGAAUUUGAGAGGGAGAUUGGGUUUAUAAACAGCCAGCCAUCGCUCGCCGAGUGUCUGACUUCCUUCCCCGCUGUCUUGGAGACAUUUCAAACUUCAUCAAUCAAGGAGUCGACAUUAAUUCCUUCUCCUCCUCCUUUCGAGCAAGCCUUCCCCAGCCUCCAGCCCGGCGCCUCCACCCUUCAGAGACCCGGGAGCCAAAAGCGAGCCGAAGAUGGGCCCACUCUGCCGCCGCUCCCCGCCGCCCCCCUGGCCCCCGAGUUCCCCUGGAUGAAAGAGAAGAAAUCCGCCAAGAAACCCAGCCAAUCCGCCGCGUCUCCCCCAGCCGCCUCCUCCGUCCCGGCCUCCGGGGUCGGAUCGCCGGCAGAUGGGCCGGGACUGCCGGAGGCCGCCGGCGGCGGGGUGCGCAGGCUGCGCACCGCUUACACCAACACGCAGCUGCUGGAGCUGGAGAAGGAAUUCCACUUUAACAAGUACCUGUGCCGCCCGCGACGCGUGGAGAUCGCGGCCUUGCUGGACCUCACCGAGAGGCAGGUGAAAGUGUGGUUCCAGAACCGGCGCAUGAAGCACAAGCGGCAGACGCAGCACCGAGAGCCGCCCGACGGGGAGCCAGCCUGCCCCGGCGCGCCGCAAAACACCGGCGAGCCAGCCGAAGAGCCUGUGGCUAGCCCGGGCCGCCCCUCCGUAUUGCGGGCCUCCCGAGCAGCCUGUUGUCACCCGCCCGAGGUCGUGCAGGGGCCGCCGGGCGCCCCGGGCUCCCGGCCUUCGGCCCCUCGCUUGGAGGGCGCGGACGCGCGGAGCCCGGGCGGCGCGCUGCGCGGGGCCGGCGGACGGGAGCCCGAGCCGUUGUCAGAAGACGCCUUCUCGGAGCGGCAGGAUUCGCCUUUCUUGCCCGACCUCAGCUUCUUCGCGGCCGACUCCUGUCUCCAGCUGUCCGGAGGCCUCUCCCCUAGUCUCCAGGGCUCUCUGGACAGCCCGGUUCCCUUUUCCGAGGAAGAGCUGGACUUCUUCACCAGCACGCUCUGUGCCAUCGACCUGCAGUUCCCUUAA